UGUGUGCGUGCCCCCACCGCUUCGAUGCUGCCGUUGUUGCUCUCUGCUCGAUCUUGCAUCAGUGAUUGGAAUGCGCUCUAUAUAAGAAAUGACGAACUUUGGACUUGGAGAAUCGACACGUAGUGACGUUGCGUGAAACAUUUGUCACAAUUUACGUGUGCGAACUUUGAACUCCGCAAAGCGAGAGAUGUUGACAUUUAAAAGGACGAUCGUUUAAAAGGGAUCUUUCUCGUUAUUUCGGCAACGUGACGUGAGAGAUAAGGGUCUUUUUUUAAUUUACUUUUUUUUUUUUUUUUAAUUUCUUCAUCUUUUCUUCAUCGCACAAUCUCACACUGGUGCUCGCCAUAUUAUAAAGAAAACAUGAUUAAUACGGGGAAAUUGGCUGGUCGCACCAUAUUUAUCACAGGUGCUUCCAGAGGUAUUGGAAAGAGCAUAGCGUUGAAAGCUGCUCGAGAUGGUGCAAAUAUUGUUAUAGCCGCAAAGACCGCUGAACCGCAUCCGAAACUACCGGGCACUAUUUACACAGCAGCUGACGAAGUUGUAGCAGCCGGUGGCAAAGCUUUACCUUGUGUGGUGGAUAUACGCGAUGAGACGCAAGUAAUUGCCGCGGUCGAGAAUGCCAUCAACAAGUUCGGUGGUAUUGAUAUUGUUGUUAAUAACGCGAGCGCUAUUUCUUUAACAGGCACACUCGCAACCGACAUGAAGAGAUACGAUUUGAUGAAUAACAUCAACGCGAGAGGAACAUUUCUUGUAUCGAAAGUGUGUAUACCGUAUUUAAAGAAAAGUACAAACCCUCACAUAGUGAACCUGAGCCCGCCGCUUAGCAUGAAGCCAGUUUGGUUUCAAAAUCACGUUGCUUAUACAAUGGCCAAAUACGGGAUGUCUAUGUGCGUGCUCGGUAUGGCCGAGGAAUUUAAAUCCGACGGCAUUGCGGUUAAUGCCGUUUGGCCCAGAACAGGUAUUCUGAGAGAUUACGGCGAGCAAAUAUAUCUCACUGUUGUUUCAAAAAUUUACGUACGUUAAAAGAUUAAUUUAUUGAGAUAUCGCGCUUUUUUUU